AUGAAUAAUCCGUUGUUGGAUAAUGAGUGCAUUCAAUCAUCGGCAGUAUCCUCACUGCCGCCAACUGCACGUCAUACACCGUUCAGAUACAGCGUUGAGUUCGACGAUAAUCAGCACUUCAUCAACACGAAUCUGAUUGCGAAUCCAUCCGAUGUCACAACCGUUGCAAUUCCUUCGUCGUCAUCAGCCGCAUCAUUUCAAGCGCAUUAUUCGUUAGCGGUCAUUCCACCAGCAACCACUGUACGUGUUUCAUCUUUUGCUCAGUUUGAUCAAUUGGAUCAACGAGUGAUAUCAGUUGUUGGAUAA